CCCGGAAGAGCGGACGUCGACGGCGGUGAUGGACAAGCCGGGAAUACGAGGACAAAUGGGAGGUUUUUAAUGACUGCCGUCGCUUUGUCGUUUCCCCCCAACCCACACUGGACGUACAUUGUCACCAAAGAGCAAACGAGCAGCGAAAAAGAGGAAAAACGUCGAGGGUUCUCCCUAGAAUGGUCCAACAGCGGCAAUGUGGAUGGAAAGCUAUGAGAAAUUCUGCGUGCGGAGUGUGGCCACGCUGCAGGAGGAGGGCAAAUUCAAGAAAACGACAUGUGAGCCGACCGUGAAGUACUCAUCUGUCAUCCUCUACUGUGGGAAAGCUGUUCUGUCCCCUCUGUUGAAUGCAGAGCAACGUCAACAAAUGUGCGACCUCAGGCGGAGGGCCGUUCAGCUGGAAACGGAGCGGCGGAACCAGCAGAGGAACAAGCCUUCCGCCCAAGUUCGGGACAUACCAACAAAUUGUACGGUGCAGUCACAAGAACGCACGGGGUCCGGUCCGGUGCCACUGGAUAAUGAAAUAAAAGUCAGCAGCAAACCCACUUGUAAGGCCCCUCAAGCACCAAGCGGCAAAACCGAAACAUCUCCGAGUCCCAAAGCGACGACACUGGGUGGUUACACAUUGAUAACUGACUUGCCUGGACUUCCCGUAGAUUCAAGAUUUGGACUUCAAACUACCGAUCAGCAAACUACUCCUAUCCUUAAUGGUCUUAUCGGUGGGAAUGGGGCAGAGGUUGAGACAGAAGAAAAGAGUGAUGAAGAAGAUAUUAGUAUGGACAGCCUUCUCAAACAAACAAAAGAUGUCAGGAGAGAGUCAAGUAAGGACGGGAUAAAAGUUGUCAUUCCGAAACUUUCCCCAGAGGCCAUCUCAGAAAAAGACAUACCAAGUCCAAAGAGUGGUGUUGAAUUUGGUUUUAGUUUGCAUCGUAGCCCUGUUGGCCCUCCUAAAAUUCCCUUCCCUCAAAAUCUGGAUGCUACCCAACUAAAACAGUCUAUAUCACAUAGCAUUCCUGAUCAGAACAUUCGAUACCAAACCCCAGAGUCUAGAUUAAGUCCCCGGGUUCAGAAACGUAAACCACGGCCGUUUUCCACGGGAAACAUCCACAUUGUGUUCCCCGGAAUACCAGGGGAAGGAGCCGGGCCAUCUGAUUGGGAAGAAGCGCUCUCUGGAGCUGCAAGAUCCCCGGAUCGCUCCAACUCAGUAUCAAGCAACGGUUUAGGUCUUCUUAACAGGCGGGGGAGUCAUCAAUCGGGUCAUUCUGGCAUUAGUCCAAUGCAGGAAACUCAUAGCCCCGUGAGUCCGUCAUUGCCUAGCCCGCUUGGUCAACACGACUGCCUGUCUUCGACGUUCCGCCGGCGCUGCCACACCAUGGACAGUCACUUGCACACUGACCAAUCUGUUAACAUUGACCGCAGUCAAGAAAGGACACCUCGCUUCAUGGCGGGAGUCACCAUGCGACCUUCGAGUUGGCGCAACUCUUCCACUUCCUCGAACAAGAAGUUAGAGAAUCCAUCACCGUAUUUGCAAAGGCCUCACAUUCCAUCUGAAGUUAAUCUCAGAAUGGAACCUGAUGAUCCUCGAGGGUCUCCGAACGAGACGUCAACAGCUUCGCUCAGACAUGUUUUGGAGUUGCAUAGCAAUAACAUAGAGGAGACACAGAGACGAGCGCAGGUUCUGGAGGACAUGCAAAGGCGUCUGCAGGAAGAACACGCUUUGCAAAUGUCGCUGCUCCUUGCCGAGCAGGAGAAAGAGCAACAACGCCUCCUUAUGGAGCUUGAAGAGACCGAAAGAAUACUAAGGGAGCAGGAGAACGCGAAGCUCCAGAACCUGGAUACUUGUCAGUGGAAGCGCAUGCCUGUGAACAAGGGGCUUCCAGUUGUGAGCCCAUCCGCAUCAAAACCAGGACAAAGUUUUCCUAGUCCCGUUAGUCCUAACAUGACCUCACCUUCUGCUCAGUCCCCCAUCUACCUACGAGGGCCCACUUGGGCACCUCCCAAACCUCAAGCAAGGCCCAAUCAGGUUCUGAAAACAGAACAACAGAUGGCGUUGUGUCGAAUCGGCGCGAUUGCUCGUGGCUUCCUCGUGCGCAGACUGCUCAAAACGCACAAGGUUCAACAUCUGCGUCAGACCAUUAUGGACACACAAGAGUUCAUUAGUUCAUUCCAGACUGAAGGACCACAGAAGAAAACCACUUUCUCAGCUCAGGAUCUUUCCCUUCAGGACAGAGUUCGAGCCCAGUUGCGUGCGGCUCUCUACGACAUCUAUGAAAUCUUCUUUGAAAUUCCUCUGGAGGAUCGAUUAGGACUGCUGCAGCAGGAUAGGGAGCUCUGUGCUGAGAAGAGACAACGUGACAUGGAGAAAGCCAAGAAGGAAAAGGAGAGAGUGGUGUCUGCUGCCACACUAAGGUCUUUGGACCGAAAAAAGAGGGAGGGAGAGUCUCCCGGGCAGGCACGAAAGGUGAUGCAGAAGCCAAAAAGUCCCACUCCCAUCAGAGUUCAAAAGUCCAGCCAAGUCCAAAAAUGUGUUCCAAGCCAGCUCAACCGCCAGGGGAGCUGGUACAAAAAGACCCCCGAAGCAAGAGUGAAGCGCACAGACAACUUGAAGAACCUGAAGAAGCAGCACUCUUUAGGCUAACAGGUGGCAAACACAUCACUUGACAUCAUUUUAAAUACAGUAUUAACCACUUAGUAUAUUGAGCACUCAUUAUUAGUAACUCAAAAAUAAGUCAAAAGAACAUGAUGGCUCUCCUGCUGAAUGUUGCGAUCCUAAUUUUUUAAGAGUAAUUCUGUGGUCACUUGAUUUACGAGCUUAAUUAAAACAUAUGCUCGCAACUCAAGGCAACUCUUUUGCUCAUAAGUCCAGAUACCUCUGCAAUGAUUUUAAACACGAUGACAAUUUAUAUAUGAUACAGCACGCUUCUUAAUAAUACUUUGUAUUCAUUUUCAAGUUUUGAAAUUUCAUUUCCGAAUAUUUCACUAAGUGUGCUAUGAAACAAAAGGCUCGAGUGCAUUCAACAGUUAUCACAGUAUAUACAGUAAAUCCUGUUGGAAAUGUGCCUAAAGAUAUAUAAAAUGCCUUUAUCUCAAGUUUGAAUUGUACCUUAAAUAUUUCUAAUAUCAAACUGUGCUUUAAGUAGAUGUGUAAAGUUGACAGCACACAGUGUGAGGUUAAAAAAUGUAUAAAUUGUCAAGCUGUUAAGGGCUUUAAGUGUCUGUUUGUUUCUUUUUGAUAGUAUUGAAUUUACCUUUUGAUUAAUGCAAAUAUUUGUCUUAAGUUAUCACCAAAUGAAACCUGAAUGUAUUUGUUUACAUACUGGCACACCCUCACUUUAUUGCAUCUCUAUUAUUAUUAUUAUUAUAGUAGGGUGCAAUAGUCCUACUUUUUAGUUAUGAAUUAGCAAACAAUUACCACUUUAAUGUAUGACUUUGCUUAUCAAUUUCUCACUUUAUUUUUAUUUAUGAAAUAUAAAUUUUUUUCUCAGGAUUUUGUGACAUUUUUUCUUGCAAAGGUGCAUCUUUAUUCUUGGAAUGUUGAACAUUUUUCCUUUGCUAUGUGGCCUUAAAACCCCUAGACAGAGCAAAUGACAAAAAAAAAAAAAAAAAAUCCAGUAGCCUCAUGAAUAUCCACUUAUUGCAUAUGCUUGAAUUUCGGGAUUAGGAUUUCUGCAUAAAUCGUUGAGAAAUUAAGAAAACGCAUGUGAAGGGAUCAGUUCCUGAUUAUGUUCAUCAAAAAAAUUGAACAUAUCUGACACAAAUAUUCAGUAUAUACAGAGGUGGGUAGAGUAGCCCAAAAAGUUUUUCAAAAUAAUAGUAGUCAAGUAAGAGUAGAGUAGUCAUCCAAAAAAUGUACCAAAUUACAAGUAAAAUAGUAUUUGGUGAAAAAAUACUCAAGUCAUGAGUAACAUUGUGAGUAACUGCUUAUAAUGUUAGAUUUUUUUUAUUUAAAGAGUGUACGACAGGAGAAAAGAAGUCUUAAAUAGAAUUAUUAUGUGAAUUAUAAUCAUAUUUUGAGAUGAUUCGGACUAUGUACAACAAUUUAGCAAAGCGCAGAUGACGAGAAAUUAGUCUUUUAAUCUGCCGGUUAGCCACGCCUACCGUUAUAGGGCUCGAGCGUCCCCAACAGGUGGAUGACGUCAGCUGAAGACUGGGCUCAUCGGUUUUACUAUUCAGCCCAUUGAGGGGGAAUUAUUCAGAACGAGGAAAACGCGACGAAGAGAGCCACAAAAUGUCAUUGUUUCAGUCUCUCUACUCCAAUAUUUUUACAGGAUAUUCUUUUUAUCCAAGUAUUUUUCCAUUAUAGCUAAAUAAAUGGCUUGAGAAGGACCAGUCAGCCCAUCGAGGGGGAAGUAUUCACAACUAGGAAAACGCGACGAAGAGAGCUGCAAAAUGUCAUUGUUUCUGUCUCUUUUACUUUAAUAUUUUUACAGGAUAUUCUUUUUAUCCAAGUAUUUUCCCCAACUGCUAAAUAAAUGGCGUGGUCAUGACAAAUAACAGUCUUGUGCUAAAUGGAAUAUGAAAUCAUAAAAAUGCACUUAUUCAGGACGACAUGGCAAAAUUACUCCAUAAUGGUCAAAACUGUCGACUUCACCUUUACUGUCGCACCUCCCGAACGAUAUUUUAUGACACCUAAAUCGGACAUAUGAGAUUUCCCUUCCCCGGCUUCGGAGAAUGUAAACAAACCAAGAGGCGUGACAGCUAGCCGACAUGCUAACCCGAACCGAGUGAUGUUUCAAAGUCUUCGAAGUGGAAAAUCACACACACACUAGCCCGGAUUAUUUGACAUGACGACUGGGUUGUCAAUGGUCUUCGCGGACUGGCACACCACCCGGCGGAGAGCAAUUUACAGCUCGUUCCCCGGAGGAGGGCGGCUGCAGUUGUUGUGCAGUUGUUGUACAUGCCUAUUAAUGAUCAAACGUAAGUAGUCCUUUAUUUAAAGAAAGUUUGUAGUGUUUACUUUGUAAUCGCUGUAUUCGUAUUUGACAUAAUACAGAACAAGAAGUUUGCUCACUUCCUCGCAAGUCCAAUGGUCCCACAAUAGUAGGGCUUGUUUUGGCCAAUAUCCACUGUGAAUGGGAACCUUUUGAAACUCCGAAAAGGCGCACACGCCUCUCCCUCAUACAGCAAGAUUUUUCUGCAGCCGUUUGGCUGGUGUGAUGCAAAAAAUAAAUGUAUUAAUCCGCAAAAUCGGCUGAAUCCAUAGUCCUCAUACACAACAGUACGACUGGAAAGUGAAGAGGACGCCUUCAACCGUACACGUCACAGCGCCCUCCUCCUCAAUGCAAGACCGAAGGCAGAAGUCACUCAUUUUCAUGGUGCGGGAUUCAAAAUACUAAAUAAAUAUAGCCAUCACUUCCACAUACAUCCAAGCGGUAUCAUUCAGGAGCAUAAAAUACCGCGUGUAUUAUGAAAUAAUCAUGCUUUUUUUGUGUCACAUGCACUUUAAGCAAUGGUAUUUUAAUUUUCUCAGCACAAAGUUAUCUAUAUGAACUGUAAUUUUUAUACUGUACUAUAACCUAUUACAUAUUCGCAUGCAGCCCCCCACCCCCAAAAAAACAUUGAAUUCUGGCGAGAAGAAAAAUCUGAACUGAAGCAUCAUUCCGCCAAGGAGCAUGAGUGCCCUCUAGUGGAGAAAAUACAUUUGAUUUGAAUAGUUAAAUAGUCAAUACAGGUAGUCCCCAGGUUACGACGUACCCCACUUAAGUGAUUUCGAUUUUACGACGCUGGAGUCCCGUUCGCCAUUCAAUCUCCAGUUGUUGGUUUUUUAUUGUUUGUUUUUUUUAGCCGCACAAACAGUACUUCGUUCUUUUUUUUUUUUUUUUUUUUUUUAACGUAUCCUGUUCAGCAGCUUGACACGGAGAAUGGAAAUCUGAGUGUCCGAUUGGUCUGAACAGUUUUAAAGUAUCACAUGUGAGUAUUGCAUACUCCCAUUGUGAGCUGUCAACGUACCUUGUUUAAUAGGAGAAAGCAGUGAACAGGGAUGGGUUAUGGUGGAACAGAAGAAAAGAAGGAGAGAGAGACACAAGAAGCACAAACAACAACAGGAAAUACAUUGAAUGCCUACACUUAGUAUGAAUAUGUUGGUGCUAUCGUUAGCUAAUUGUAUUUGACACCAUGUGGAGGGGUUGAUGACCAUGGAGUAAUUGAUU